AUGAGUUCCCAAAAUAGCCUUUCCAAUGCUUCCAUGGGCUCCAACACGUUCGGCGCAAGCUCGACCUCGACCUCCGCGGUCCGAUCGCGCCCUCGCCGCCUGGUUUCCUUGAUGGAUAGCGAAGAUGGCACGACCAGUACAAACAACCAUUACACCUCCCAGGAUUCCCAACUUUUCACCUCCGGUCUAUCUACAACUCUUCUGUCGGAUGGAACUGCUCGUUCUCGCGGCGUCACUCCCUCGCCGCUUUCAUCCCGCGGACCAUCGCCUCUACCCAUGAGACAUCCCUCCCGUGUCACCGAGUCCACACAACGGAGUCGCAACGACUCUUCACCCCUUGGUUGGAAUGGAUCGUUCAAGUCCGCACGAGGCACAUCGGACUUCUUAGAAUCCCCAUGGUCGUCACUUCAGAAUCUGGCGUCGUCUGUUCUUGGAAGUAAUACAGGACGCGAUGGCACGGACAAUUCGACAAAGGCACACUCGCGAAGGAAACCGUCACGUUCGGAUUUAUAUACACGGAGCAUCCCUAGGUCAAAUUUCUCGACGUGGGGUCCGUCGGCGCCCGCUUCCCCAGAAAUUGGAAGUGGGACCCAGGAGGAGCGCCAGGCGCUAGUACAGGCGAAGAAACGGGAAGCGUUACUGCUGGCAGACUCGGAUUUAAUAGCUGGUCGCAAUUUUCGUCACAAAAAGCGCGACUCGGGCGAUUUCUCUGAUCAAGUAAUUGAUCCAGACCAUGAUGAAGAGGCAUUGGCAUACAUUCAUCGCGUGCAAACGACAGAUAGCAUCACAGGAGUGACGAUUAAAUAUGGCUGCCAGGCUGCCGUGUUCAAGAAGGCGAACGGCUUUUGGCCCAACGACAAUAUUCAAAGCCGAAAUAUAGUACUAUUGCCAGUUGAUGCAUGCAGUGUGAAGGGGCGACCUGUUCGACAAGAGGAUCGUCCAAAACAAGAAGAUCUGCGAGCCCCGAGUUUUGAAGAUGGGACUGGCAGCUGCAUUGCUCCUAAGACCAAUUCUACCGAUGAAUCAUCAAAAGAUCAACCGUCGACUACGCAUGCUGAGCCAGAUAUCAGCAAGGUCUGGAAACAUGAGUCCUGGGUUGAGAUAGACGGGUUUCCAGCGGCCAUCGAAAUUGGACGUGUUCCACGAAGAGCUCUUGGAUUUUUCCCACGAACGCGUCGGAAAUCCGUUUCCUAUACUGGUGCCGAGCCACUGUCUCUUUGCUCACCACAAGACCGAGCCCGAUCUCCGGCCGAUUCCCCACAACAUGACUCGUCACAAAGUAUACUUCCUCGCUCCCGACCGCGUGAAGGGGAGUCACUCAAACCGGGUGCUUCUCGCCCAACUCGUCCUCAACAUCGUCGUCAGCGCAGCAGCAUUCACCUUUCUGGAACCGGCGUAGGCACACUUGAUCGCACCUCAGCUGCGCCCGGGCCUGCCUUAGAUGGACUUAGCAAGUUCUUCUCUCAGCACAUGCCUCAGCUAGCACCACCAGCACCGUCAGAAGAUCUUCGCAGGCCUUCUUUCGGCUCCGAAACUACAGUUACAUCGAACGCCUCAACAGGACUAGAAAACAUCGGCGGGGCACUAGAAGGAUGGAUGCGCAAGGUAGCGACUCGUGCAAAAACUGGAUUCAGCGACAUGCAAGGCUCCCCCACACCACCAGCAUCCGGCCGAGGCCGCAGUUCAGGCUUAUGGGGCAUGGGUGAUCUAAUUGAGUUAGAUGAUGCUUCUGAAGGUCGAAGAUCUCCCAGCGUUCUUGGGACAUCACGAAGACCAGACCCCGUCAAGUCCUCAUCUUCCUCAUCUUUUCGUCCCACGGCCUCUGCCUCCGCAACGAGCAGGUCUCGUGCAACUGUAUCGGGCUCUGGUUCCGGUACAUCUGGCGAGAGAUUCAAGGACGAUUAA